UAGAUCGCCGACUCACUACAUCGCCAAGAGUCGUUAUUCACUUUCUCUUCUCCGUGGCUAAAAAGAAGAAUACAAUCAAUAGCGACAAGAAAGAAACACAACAUAAGGCUAAAAGUCGUUGAUCAAGAUGGUGGGUCAAUGGGCGGUGAGUAAACCAAGCAGGAGUGAUGAAGUGUUGGACGCAGAUCAACAGCAACAAAUCGCCAAUCAGAUCAGAGCUCAGUUCGAUUCCUUGGCCCCAAAACGAACCACCAAGCCCAACAGGAGUGAACCUGAUUUAGCAACAAUCACCUCCAAUCUCCUUCCUGCUGUAGACCAAAACAUACCCGAGCUAGACAAGUUACGUUGUCUUCAAUCUCGAUCUCAUGUGAAGAUUUCGGUGGGAGGAGAUGCUGUGGUGCAAGAUGAAUUUGUGGAGACAAAAUAUUACAGGGAGAUGGAUUCCAUCAACAAAGAGCAUCACACGACUGGUAGUGGGUUUAUAAGAGUGAUGAGAGAAGGAGGUGAAAAAAAUGGAUAUGAUAUUCAGUUGGAAAAUGGCCAGGGUGCUGGAAUGGUAGUCAACAGGCCAACAUUCAAAAGCAACCCAGCAACUAAUGACUGGAUUCCUAACGUUGAGGAAGAUCAGAUAUUCAUGUAGGCUUUUCUGUCUAUGAGAAGAAUGAAAAGGGCAUUGGAAGUAUUGUUCUGUUCAAUGGUCUCAAGACAGUUGUGUUGUUGAUCAAGGUCUUUGUUUCUUCCAACUCUAGUCAGAGUCAUGGUUGUUAGAUCUACACAGAUGUACCAACUUUGCUUAAACAAUAAUUGUCACAUGAGCUCAUUAGAGUUUUGGAAAGGGAAAUUAACGUGAUUCCCAACCAA